AAAGCAAUAUAUAACUCAGCAAAAGGCGGAACUGAAGUCCGUAAGUUUGGAUUUUUCUCGGUGUUGAGAGGAGGAGAAGAGAGAAGAAGCUUUUGUCCUGCUUUCUGCUUUCUCUCAACACAAACAAGUUGUUUAUUAUUAAAAAUGGCGAGCAAAGAGCAGUCGUCGGAGUUGGCUGAAUGUGCGCUCCAGCUGCGUACACUUGGAGAUCUGCUGAACUGGAAAUACAUCCUGCUGGAGUUUCUGGUGAGAAAUUUACAAUCGGCUAGCGACAAUCCGGCCGGCGCGACGUAAAACCCGAACAGGAGACUCUACAAGAAGCUUCUAAUCUCUUGAGGUCAACUGGGGCCUGAGCAGACAUGGCUGCACAUUUUCUGCAUCCAUCACAAAAAAAAAACAGAGGAAAAAAAAAUAUCUCCAGUGAGGACUGUCUGUCAAAUGGAAGGCGACUGUCUCACACCUUGCUGUCCGUCGAUGAUACCUGGGAUGAUGAAACUGCUUCCUAUCUGCUAUAAUCCUUCUUCAGGGAAAGGACUUUGGAUCGAGUAGCACCGUGGACGAGGUGCAGGAUUUCUUCGUGACGUCUUGUGUCACAUGGACACUAUCAUAAAGACCUCGGCAUCAGCAGUUAUAUUUAUUUAUACACAUAUACAUCCUGAGAUUUUGAAUGUUUUCCGGGAAAAAAACUUUAAAAGACUUAAAAUUACAAUUUAAGCAACUUUUUUAGUUUAUAGCAGCUUUUAUCACGUUUAUUAUUUGAUCUAAUUUGUAAGUCUAAACCAAAACUCAUACAAAGAAGAACAAAAGUACACACUGUUUAUGUCUCAGUACUGUAUAGAUUGUGGAGGAAACAGAAAAUAUCUCUUAUGAACAGUUUCACUGUUAGGAUUUAAAGAAAAGAUGAAAAAAAAGAGGAGGUUGGUGACCUUCUGACAGCAAGAACUACCUUACAACACGAAUCACCAGUUUCUCAUGAUGUACUUUAUGUAAUAAUGAUACAGGAAGCUGAUAUUUGUGCCAGUUACUGAAUCCUUAUGACACAUCAGUAAGACUUUCUCACUUCUUUUAGUUUUUGUCACCACCAUUUGGCUGCAUAGCAUUUAGACGACAGAUAAAACAGGGACUCUGUUAAUCUCCUUAUAUUUGAAAUAAAAUGUUUAUACCGCUUUCAGGGCCGUGUUGUCUGCCAUAUGGUUGCCAGUUCCGCUAAAAUUGUGUCAGAUCAUCUAAACACAUCAUGUUACAUUUCAUUUCCAGCAUACGCGCUUAUAUUUUUAUACAACUGAGCAAUUGAGGGUUAAGGGCCUUGCUCAGGGGCCCAACAGUUGUAGCCUGGCUACCACAACCCACAUUAUGAGUUUUAAAUCCCACGGUUUUAAAAACACGGCUUUAUUUCCAACAGUCUGAUGCCUUGCUAGGGUCAAAAAGUGAAUGAUUUUCAUGUAACAUCCAGAACACUGAGAUCAUCUGCCUGCGUGUGAAGUCUUUCUGUGUUAAUGAAGCCAGUCGAGUAAAUCUUUUAUUCUGUUCACUUUAGUGUUGUGUUUGAUUAAAUGGUCCAUUUACUCUGGGAUUUAUUUACACUCUUGUCCAUGUUACUCUACAGUCCAUGUACUGUAUACUUGUAUUGUUACUUCCAUUCAUUCACAAUUAAAAUACUUUAACCCAA